AUGGCAGCAUCCCGACCCGAGCAGGCGGUUUCAUCACCUGCAUUCCCAGCAGUGGUUACGUUAAGGGUGUUCAGGGUUGCUCAGAAUAAGAGGUGGCAAUUUGCAAACGCUAUUAAUCAGAUUUCAGAAGUUAAAACUAGUAGGGGCAGUCUGCCUAGUGUGGAUAACAUGCUUCUAAAUGACAGCCAUUCCAGCACUGCAGGUGCUGGUCGACAAUUUCAGAACUGGAAGAUGAAAGCUGAACAAGCUAAGAAAGUUGAAUUCAUAAGAACUGCAGAAAAGCUAAAAACCCAGCUUGCGAAUACAGAAAAAGACAAAAAUGGGCAUCUUUACAAUAGGAAGAGUGAUUUCAGGGUAGAAUACAGCAUACUAGAGGAAUUGGAAUGCAGCAUGACUUUCAGCGGGAAAACUGAAAAAACUAAAAUCCUGCAGCAGCUAUCAGAAAUACAAAAUAAUGUGAAGAAACUUCAGCGACAAUUAAAAGAUGUGAAGCCUACACCAGAAUUUGUUGACAAGCUCAAGGAAUUGAUGGAAGAAGUUGAAAAUGCAAUCAAUGCUUUUAAAGAGGAACAGAGGCAAAUAUAUGAACAGCUUUUGAAGGAGGAAAAAACUGCCAUUAAUGAGCUUAGUGUCUUUGAGAGAAAAGUGGAACUGUGGGCAUUAGACAGCUCAACAACAGAAAGAGUUUUGAAAUUCCCAUUAGCCAGGGUCUCAGUUGAUAAAAAACUGGAAAAUAAUCUACCUAAAGAAGUAGUAGAGUUUGAAAGAUUUCUUCAGCAAAGAGGAGGGCGGCAAGGAGGCUGGGAUGACUAUGAUCAUCAAAAUUUUCUGAAAGUAUGGACAAAACACAAAGGAAGGCUGUCUUAUGUGGAUGAGGCCCUCAAGUAUCUCUGUGGAAGAACAAAAGAAGAUAUUGAACAGCAUGGCAAAUGGUAUCAAGAAUUUCUGAUUUUACAUGAAAGAAAGAAAGAGUCAAUUAAGAAGUGGAAAGAAAAACAGCAGCAGGAAAAAGAACGAAACCUGAAGGAGAAAGAGAAAUCAGAAAAAAUGCUCAAGGAAGAAUGGCUACAGUGCGAAGAAGCAAAGAAGCAAAAAGCAGAAGAAAGAAAAAGACAACAAGCAGCAAUUGAAGCAUGGAAGAAGCAGAAAGCAACAGCAUUUGCAAUGGAACAAGCAUCACAACUAAAACUAGAAGAAAAGGAGAAAAAGCAACUAAAAGAACCCCAGCGCCAAUGCCACACGAAGUUACUGUUGGCAAGGUAUACCUUGCAGAAGAAAGAGAAGGAGGAACUUGAAAAGCCUGAAAAGGAGAAGAGAGAGGAAGCAGAAAAGGAGGAAAGAAAGAGAAUUGCUGCAGAAGAAAUUACUAAGUUUCAAAAGCAUGAUUUACAUAAAUUGGAGCCCAGGAUUGUAGGAAAACAAGCUAAUGAUGUAGAGAAACGAGAAAAAGAAAAAAAGUUGGCAAAGUUAAGAGAGAAGGUCAAGACUCCGGUAACCAGCGACCGGUCCAGGCUGUACAGACCUACCCAGGGCAGGGAGGAACGGACGGAAGAGAUGGCACCAGCGCCUGCAGAGCCCCUUCUGUGUGUCCCCCCUAG